CUAUACGAUCGAAAAUACCUUCUGUAUCGUAUGCGAAGAACGGGAGAAGAGGAAACGGCCGUCGAACUGCGGCUCUGCAUACCAAAAGACCAGAAGACCACAAUCCUACAAGCCUGCCACGACGACGUUACAUCCGGACACCUCGGAGAGAAACGCACCCACGACAGAGUUACACAACGCUACUACUGGCAUGGGAUCACCCGAGAUAUAGAAAACUACAUUAAGGCCUGUGCAGACUGUCAGUCACGGAAGAAAGGAAAAUACAGGAAACCACCCGGGUUCCUAGAGCUGACACAAGUAGAAAAACCAUGGGAUCGCGUAGAAAUGGAUAUCCUUGGCCCCUUCCCCACCUCAUCGCUAGGCAAUCGCUACAUUAUUGUAGCGGUUGACUACGUCACCAAGUGGGCGGAAGCGGUAGCCCAGCCGGUCGCAGGAGCAGAACAAGUUGCAGAGUUCUUCGUGAAGGAGAUUCUGCUACGACACGGAGCCCCCAGGAAACUGACGACAGACCAAGGAAAAUGUUUCGUCGCGACCAUGAUGCAACGAGUACUUGCAGCCAUGGAGACCAAUCACCAGACCACGACAGCCUACCACCCACAAGCAAACGGACUAGUAGAGCGACUGAACCACACCUUGGCGGACAAGUUGUCCAUGUACGUGAGCAGGGAUCACAAAGAUUGGGAUGCCACACUGCCGUUUGUACGGUUCGCUUACAACACGAGCAGACAGGAAACGACCGGCAAAUCUCCUUUCUUUUUAAUGCACGGCCGGCACCCCGUACUACCACUGGAUACCAUCUUCGGGGCGACCCCAGAUCCGCAUCAGCUAGUGCCAGUGGAAGCCGGAGGACCAGAUAAAUACGAGAUAUGGAUGCUCAGAAACCUUCAGAGAGUAUUCGCGGAAGUGGACGACCGGAGCCAACGGGCACAACGGAAGUAUAAACAACACUACGACACACACCACCGAGAAGGAGAAAAAUUCCACCCGACACAACAGGUGCUAGUCUACAGACUUACAAGGAAAGUAGGUCUCGCCGAAAAACUACUCCACCGUUGGAAUGGCCCGUACAGUAUAUUGUGACAGAUAACCCCACUUAACUAUGAAGUUUAACUCAACAACAGCAAAAACACCGAGGUGGUACAUGUAGAACGCCUCAAAAGCUUCGUCGACCUCACCCAACCCGCACCAAAUACAGAGGGUGGAGAGCAGUCAACGGACAGAGGGGGAAGCGAAGGAACAACAAACAAGAUGUCCAAAGUAGAAGGACUAGCUCACCCAAGGAAACAACUGACAGAGAAGAGAGUUAGGUUCACAACACCCCCUAAAGAGCCGCAACAACCCACCGCAGAAGCAGAUGAACCCGUUACCCGUGAGGAGACCGACCAGAACCGACGAUACCCACUACGCAUACGCAAAAAACGAUUUGCAUUGGCGACGACACUCCUAUACAGUAUGGUACUAUCACUGACAGCACACACACCCCCGGCAGAGACAAGAGCACAAGUGAUAACAAAAACACCAGCCACCUGGUGGUCGAUGGCAUUACUACUGGCUGCAACGAGACAAACACCCAUAGAUGGCGCACUCGAGGUGAAGCUGUCAUCCCAUGGCGUUAUAUUCCAAUCUAUGGGAGAACGUUUCUUCUCCGAUUCGGAAUGGGUUGUCGUCACCGACGUCUCGUUUAACCAAGGAGAAAAAGUAGCAAAUGAACUCAAGAUGUGGCUAAUUGAAAAAACCAAAUUACCCGUAUUAGGCAGUUCCAGCAAUAAGGAUUUCCAGAGUAUGUUACCAUCAGCAAAGACGAACGACCAACCGUCCAAAACACAAACUCAGGACAUACUCAGCUACAAUCCAUCCAACGCCGAGAAAGCUCAACAACAGUUAACAACAAUUGUCCGUGACCGAGCGGUAUACGAGUUGACAAGACUAGAAACUAUAGAGAGGAAUUACCAAGGCCUAAAAACAUCUAUCAGACAAAGUAGAAACAAACGAGGACUGGUCAAUGGAGGAGGCAAGAUCUUGAAUUGGCUAUUCGGUGUGUCUACGACAGAAGAUCUAGACCAAGUCAACAACCAAGUCGCCAAACUACCCACCGAGACGACGGCCAUUGUCCACGCCUUGGAAACCCAUACAACACUGAUCAACGAGUCGAUGUGGGAGCUGCAAGCCAGCAAAGAGGCAGCAGACGCCCUCCAGCGGUCAUGUCUAACACUCGACAAAGAACUGAACAACGCGAAAAGGACAAUUGACAAUUUUUCUCGCGAGAUGAAGUGGGAUUGGAAAUCUUGAGAUAAGGUAGACAACGCAUUCAGAGCGGUAGACAUCACCAUAGAGGGGCUACAACAACUAGUUGAGAGAUUGAGCGGAGGGCUAGCAAGAGCCGCUAUGGGGAAGAUUUCUCCCGCCCUAUUUUCUCCAGCACAAAUGCAAACAGUCAUCUCAGACAUAAAGAUCAACCUACCAACCGGCUGGGCCCCAACACCUGCAACAUAGGCAGGAGACACGUGGAAAUCGUACCAAGAAGCCGCGGUGACAGCAGCAGCUAUCGAAAACGGCAUCAGACUCUUCAUCCACAUUCCCAUCUUCGAAUUCACUAGAGCAAUCACCCUGUACAGAGUCAACGGGAUGGC